GGCGGCGGCGGGUCGGGCGGCCGAGGCGGCGGCGGCGGCCGGGGGGCGGAGCGGCGCUGCCCGGCGGGGGCCUGAGAGCCCGCCGGCCCCCACCUCUGCCUGCCGCACGCACGCAGCGGAGACCCCCUCCCCCCACCCGGCCCCGGUCCUUCCCCGCCCCGCCGGAGGGGGGGCCGCAGCCGCCGGCGCCCCCCCCGCAGAGGCGCUGCCCGCCGCCGGCGCUGGGUCAGGCUGUCAGGGCGCCGUCGCCGCAGGCGGGGGCCGGGGCGCCGCCGCCGUCCCUCGCCGCCCCCAUCGCAUCCUCCCCCUCGCCCCUCUUUAUCCCCGGCCCCGCGCUCUUCCCUGUCAUUCAUUUGUCACUUUCCCCGCUCCCAUUUUUUUUCCCCUCGCCCCUUCUCUCCCUCGUUCCUCCGUUGUUUUCUUUUCUGCCCCGUCCCUUUCUCUUCCUCCAUCUAUUUUUAUCUUUUUUUUCGUCCCCUUCGCCCUCCCCCUCCUUAUCUUCGCCCUCGUCUCCUCACUCCUUCCGUCCCUCUUCACUUUUCCUGGGUGCUCGUGUGUGUUUCAGGCCUUCAAGGAAAAGUUGCAAACUCCCAAGUUUUUUUUGCUAUAUUUGAGGGAGCAGGUGUCGGAAAGGAGGGAGCUAUGUAGGAGGUGCCUGGGCGCUCAGGGAGCUUUCGAGGAGAUAAAUGGAGAGGAUGUGGGAAUGGAAGGGGUAGACCUGUCAGUCCUCUCAGGGUAUUCCAGGGGAGAGACUCCAAAUCCUCCUUCUGGAGGGAAGGGGGAUUGAUCGCUGUAUUUCUAUUUUUAUUUAAAAAAAAAAAAAAGUGAAGAAAAAAACCCCAAGCAACACCCAACCCAGUUGCCCAAGGAUGGAGUUUCAGUAGCCGACCACAGCUGGACUCUUGGGGGAAGAGGGUUCAUGCACUCUGGCUCACGCACACAUGAAGAGAUUCUCCAAAUUGUUUGGCUUCACCAAGAGAUAAGGCCAGUUGAGCUCAAUGUUUUUCAAGGUGGGCCGUGUAUGAUGAAACCCAACUUCUUUUAAAGUGUAGCAGAUUUCAUUUUUAUGGCCAAAUGACAGCUUGACCCAGUUGUUAUCCAAUCAAAGGGCAUUUUUUUGAAUGUCUCUUUGUGGCACAACAGCCAACGCAAAAAUGAUGGCGGCUUACAAUGGCGGUACGUCUGCGGCAGCAGCAGGUCACCACCACCACCAUCACCACCACCUUCCUCACCUCCCUCCUCCUCACCUCCAUCACCACCACCACCCUCAACAUCACUUGCAUCCAGGCUCUGCAGCCGCGGUACAUCCCGUACAGCAGCAUGCCUCUUCGGCAGCUGCGGCCGCGGCAGCUGCGGCCGCGGCCGCGGCAAUGUUAAACCCAGGGCAGCAGCAGCCAUAUUUCCCAUCACCGGCACCGGGUCAGGCCCCUGGACCAGCUGCAGCAGCCCCAGCUCAGGUACAAGCUGCAGCAGCUGCUGCAGUUAAAGCGCACCAUCAUCAGCACUCACAACAUCCACAACAGCAACUGGAUAUUGAGCCGGACAGACCUAUUGGAUAUGGAGCCUUUGGUGUUGUCUGGUCAGUAACAGAUCCACGAGAUGGAAAGAGAGUUGCACUCAAAAAGAUGCCCAACGUCUUCCAAAAUUUGGUCUCUUGUAAAAGAGUCUUCCGGGAGUUGAAGAUGUUGUGUUUUUUUAAGCAUGACAAUGUACUCUCUGCCCUCGACAUACUCCAGCCUCCACACAUUGACUAUUUUGAAGAAAUAUAUGUUGUCACUGAAUUGAUGCAGAGUGACCUCCAUAAGAUUAUCGUCUCUCCUCAGCCACUCAGCUCGGAUCAUGUCAAAGUUUUUCUUUACCAGAUUUUAAGAGGUCUGAAAUAUCUACAUUCUGCUGGCAUUUUACAUCGAGACAUUAAACCAGGGAACCUACUUGUGAACAGCAACUGUGUUCUUAAGAUUUGUGAUUUUGGAUUGGCCAGGGUGGAAGAAUUAGAUGAAUCUCGUCACAUGACUCAGGAAGUUGUCACUCAGUAUUAUCGAGCUCCAGAAAUCCUGAUGGGCAGCCGUCACUACAGCAAUGCUAUUGACAUCUGGUCUGUAGGCUGUAUCUUUGCAGAAUUACUUGGGCGAAGAAUAUUGUUUCAGGCACAGAGUCCCAUACAGCAGCUGGAUUUGAUCACAGACCUGUUGGGAACACCGUCGCUGGAAGCAAUGAGGACGGCUUGUGAAGGCGCCAAGGCACACAUACUCAGGGGUCCUCAUAAACAGCCAUCCCUUCCUGUCCUAUAUACACUUUCCAGUCAAGCUACACAUGAAGCAGUUCAUCUCCUUUGCAGAAUGUUGGUCUUUGAUCCAUCCAAAAGAAUAUCCGCUAAGGAUGCCUUAGCUCACCCAUAUCUCGAUGAAGGGCGGUUGCGAUACCACACUUGUAUGUGUAAAUGUUGUUUUUCCACAUCUACUGGCAGAGUUUAUACUAGUGAUUUUGAACCCAUCACGAAUCCCAAAUUUGAUGACACUUUUGAAAAGAACCUCAGUUCUGUUCGGCAGGUUAAAGAAAUAAUUCAUCAGUUCAUUUUGGAACAGCAGAAAGGAAACAGAGUGCCUCUCUGCAUCAACCCUCAGUCUGCUGCUUUUAAGAGCUUUAUUAGGUAACUUUCCACGGUUGCUCAACCAUCUGAGAUGCCGCCAUCUCCACUGGUUUGGGAAUAAAGUGGAAGAUAAUAUACUACUGAAGAUGUAAUGUAGCUUUCCACUGGAGUCUGGGAUUUGCAAUUCUGGAGGUUAAUCAUGCUUGUACUGUAAUUUUACUAAUGAAGUUUUAAAUUAACAACCACUACUUGUACAAUAUGAAUAAUAUUUAGAAAUGUACUAGACUUUUAAUCUUGUAAAGUGGUUGUGCUUUUAGAAGAAAAUAUUUUACCCAGAGUUGCACGUGUUUUAUGAAUUCUAGUGCAGCUGUGAUGGCUCAGCUCAGAACAAACAGAAUUGAACCAAAUUUGGGGAGGUUUUUCCUUUUUUCUUUUUUCCUUUUUUUUUUUUUUUAUUGAAGUGAGAUUGUACAAAAAGAUAGACAUACAUUUUGAUAUUGAGCCAUUCCUGAAGAUUUUGGGUUUUCUAAAACUAAGGAAUACAGAAAACUUGACUGCGACCAAUCAUGAGGUCACAUCAGAUGACAGUGACCACAGUAAGUGGGCAUGUCACCUGAUGAUCAAACCCUAUAAAUAGCUUCUCACUAGAGCUGUGAUGGUGAUGUGUGCUGUUCUAAAAUCAAAUGUUGUGAGUAGAGAGAAUGAGUUUGUGACUAGGAGAGACUAAACUUCUGUUUCCUUACCCAGUAUAAAUAUAUAUAUAUAUUUAAUCUAUUUUUAUUAGAAGUUUUUCUGCUCUUUCUUACAUAAAACCCCCCAGCAUGCAUCUUCUAUGUGUGUAAAUAAUUCCAUUUAUGGGCUAAUUUCAGAGAUCCCUGACAUCAUUGCUGUAUAGAGAGAAACUAGCUUGCACAUUUUAGGUCUGUGAAAUUUUGUGAGAACUUUUUCCUGCACUGGACAGUUGAAAGGAAAAAAAAAAAAAAAGAAAAGGAAAAAAAAAGCACAUAGGGAAUUACGUUAAUUGUGUUCGUGUCUUUAGGCGAAGCUGUGGAAGUCUUGAAAUGUCACAGUAGUAAAUAACUUUUAUUACUUUUUGGCUAAUUCUUUUUCUGUUGGAACACUGAAUUCUGUGCAUAUGUAUAUAUGAACACAAAUUGAAGGCCUCUACCUCCUGGAGUAUACAACUUGGUUUGUUUACCUCCACAUGAUUUUUUUUUUUUUUUAAGUUCAGUGUGGAGACUUGAAACUUGAAUGUCCCUUCCAACUUUUAUAUUUAAAACAAGACUAGAAAAUUGAAGACUGUUUUUCACCUGUACAAAGAAAUACUGAAGGGUGGUCUUAAAAUUUGAGCAUUGGUCUGGAGAAAAACCGUGGUGUUUGUUAUGGACAAUUAACUGUUAAAGUUAUUGUAAGUUAUCUGUAUUUAGCAGAGUAUUUUCAACAAGAGUGAUCUGAGCUGAAAUUGGAGACUAUUAGUAAGUUAUGUUUGGAAGUUUUAACUUCAAUGAAGUAAUUAUUUGCUGUGAAAGAGACAAACAUUGAAUAACUGAACAAAGAUGGUGCAAUAUCUUUGUUUUUUAUGAGGCUCCUGAGAAUAAAACCAACUGAAGCAUUUCAAUUCACUUGAAAGAGAAACGUGUUUAAGUAAAAGAGCCCAAGAAGACACUGGUAUGAAAGGUAAAAUCUCAGAGGUUGGUCAGUUAAUGUGGCACACUUGCUGGUCACUUUGUAAAAUGUAGAUUUGAAGUACAGUGGUGAAAACAUUAAAUGUGACAUUUGACAAAGAAGUGGUGUUAUCUUUCUUUCCUGUCUGAUCUCCCACCUUUAUUUAAGAAUAAGGUGUUACAAUCUUGAUUAAAUACUGUCUAAAAGAAUACAAGUAAAAAGAGUUUAUAACAUCUUGGUUUGGGCAUGGUUUUGAUUUUUACACCCGCAUGCGUACAUACACACACAUAUACGUAUAUAUAUGCAUAUGUAUGCACAUAUAUAUGAAUUCUUAAAAGAAAAUAUUCAUUUACUCUUUAAGCUUGAUCCUGGAGAAAGGCAAAACUUGCUGAUUAAAUCAAAACAAGCGAUUGACUUGCACUUUAUUGGGAGCUUGACAGACAUCCAGUAAAGGAUGAAUUUUACUUAAUUUGCAAAGUUCGUGUUGUUUUUUUCAGCAUAAAUGCUUUCAUUUUUUCUGUAGUCCUAACGCAAAGAAUCCAGCGUGCAGUAGUGUUGCAGAAUAUGACUGAAAGCAUUCAUGGUUUAUGAGUACAACCUUUUUAAAGAUCAAAUUGAACUGUGUAGUUCAAACCUCCGGACCUCAGAAGAAAUAAACUGAUAAACUCUCUCAGCAUGUGCUCCCUUCCCAGGGCCGGCACAGACGCUGUUUGUGACUCAACUAUAUGCCUCUUCUUCAGAACUCUUCUUAAAAGUCUCCAUGCUGUUAUGAGCUAAAGUUUAACGUGUUUAGACCGGUGGUGUCAUUAUUGCCUCGUGGUUGUCUGUUGCUGAAGUAGUUGCCAUUAAUUCACUGCCAUUUUUACUUAGCCUGCUCAUUAGAUUCUCCUUCAGCGCAAGACGAUGGCACGAACAGGCGGUUGGCUUGUUGGGGCUUCUCAUUUUGACACCCAGUUUCAUCAGGCCAUGAGCACGCAGCGAUGCGACUGGCAAAGACCACUGUGUGCAUCAGUGUCUUUUUGGGAGCUGAUUGCUAGGGGUCCGUGGGUCAAUCUCGUGCAUAAACAUAAAAAGAAUAAAAUGUCUUUUGGACAUUUACCUUUCAGGGUGUCUUCAAACGAACGUGGGCAAGGCACCGUGCAGAAUGAGUUAUUAAAAUUGGCACAAAUGUGUAACUGAAACUGUAUGUGCAAAUAUAUAAAAAACCAGUUAUGGUAAUGUUUUCUGUAGCCUCAACUGCAUUUUACAUGUUAAAUGUAAAUCAAUGACAAUGACAGUGAGAGCUCGAGAGCUGUCUUUGACAAAGAUAGUUCCGUUUCUGAAGUGAACGCAUGCGUGUAUACACUUAGAGCUAUCUAGACGUGAGGUCAAGAGAGCUGCUUUCUUUCCCAGUGAGGUUAAAAUCUGGCUUGCAGUUUCCAGAGUUGCAUUUUAAUCAGUUUUAAGCUUUGUUGAUAUCAAUGUCAAAUUAAUUACAGAUUGUAAUCAUAAGUUUUAAGCUCUCUAAAUAUAGCUUCUGCAUCUCCUUUUACUGAUUGUGCCUUGAGAGGAGUACAGAAGUAGUGCAAAGAGUAACUUCAGAAUUACUCACAAAUUGCUGAAGGACCAUCCAGAUAUUAGAAGGCCUAAUCUCUGUGUGCGCACAUCAUGGAGGUGACGCAAGGGAGCUAAACAAGAUCAGCUACGGAAAAGUAAGUUGCCAAAAUCCAUUUCCUGAUGUAUGGUGAGAUAUCGUUGAUCAAAAUCAAUUAAUCUACGGAAGUUACAAAGUGCUUUUCUCCUUCAGCCAAUUUAUUGGUGGCGGAUUUGGGACUUUACUCUUUGAGGUGCCGGGAGUGUGACUGCUCGCCUGAUGGAACGGAUGCUUUUCAUAUUUACUGGGUAGCAGUUUUUCUACUCUUUUUUACCCUUUAUUUGUUUUAGUAACAGAGUAUCUUGAGAUCCUGGAACUGUUUGUUCUUUGUAACUUUUUAAAAUUCUUCUGUCAAGUGUAACUUGAUAGGAAAUUCUGUUGGCUGUACUUCUGUAAUCCUGCUCAGGUACGGUUACUGUGAAACUGUUUGUGACAUUGAUAAAGGGGAGACUGGAAUCCGAGCAGAUAACUGAUAUAUAAUCUGCGUGUACACCUUGGACAGCUUCUGUGCUCAAUAAAGGAUGGAAUCGG